AUGGGCGACUACUAUCACCAUUUCCUGACGUCCGUGUCAGGAGUGGAGGACUAUUCUCCUACACAGUUUCAGAACAACCUUCAGCUGCCUGGCGGACAUAUUCCCAUGCAAGGAAAUUCCGUUCCCCUUGCGUAUCAGGGGACUCAGGGUCUUGGAUAUCUAAGAAGCUUUCCAGAGGCCGCGUUCCCUAACACCUCCAAGCCAUCGAAGGGCCGUCGGAAGGUCGCGUCUAGUGUUGGCAAUGGAACGGAUCACGUCAAGCAUCGGAGGACGCGAUCGGGAUGCUUCAUGUGUAGAAGCAGGCGAGUCAAGUGUGACGAGACACGACCGGUAUGCGAACGCUGCAAGAAGGGCAACCGUGAAUGUGUUUACCCGGAUCCGCCUGCCCCCAAGGGUGCAUCAGGCCACAGCAAAUCCAGGGAGAUGCAAAAUCCGACACGAAAAGCAAGCCCCAAUUCUUCAAACGAGGGCGACGAUGACGAUCACGAAUCAAACAACCAACUUGAGACGAUUUACGACGACGACGAAUCGGAGGACGCGUUGCAGCAGACACCGGGACCAGAUUCACAGCCGAUAGAAUCCUGCGUGACCUCGCGUAGGCGGCAGAGCUCCGAGAGCUUGGCCAAAGACGGCGCUAAAGCCUUGUCCUCCCCCUCGACCUCUACAGCUGGCAGCAUCAGUGUCACUACAAUGCAGUCGUGCGAUCUUUCCACUCUGGGGGGACACACGGACUGGUCGCAUCUUCCCCCUGACUUCCAGCAUCAUCUCAGCUACUACGCUGACAAUAUCACAAACUACCAUUACAGCCUGGCCAACGACGGUGACGCAUUUUUCAGUACAAUCAUGCCCAGCCUCGCCAUUAGCUAUGAACCGCUGCUAUAUGCCCUCGUUGGUUUCUCGGCGUACCAUGCAACUUUGGAGAAUCCCAACGGGCAGCUCCAGGACUUUCUCGGCUACUACAACCGAAGCGUCACUCUCCUACUUGACUGCCUCAAGCGAAAAGAAACAAACAGCGUGCCAGUGCUCGUUACAAUUUUGCAGCUGGCAACCAUGGACGAGUUUUUGGGUGACUGGGUGAACUUGAUGGGUCAUCAGAAAGCCGCGCUUGAAAUCAUCACAAAGAUCUUCACACCGGAGACGGUCAUGCUCACUCCCGUUGGGCGUGCCUGUUUGAACUGGUACAGUCGGUAUGACAACUAUGUCGCCAUCAUGGGCGGAUUCCCCACGGAGCUUCCUCGUGAAUGGUUCGAAGUCAUGGUUGCCUAUAGCCAGAAUCACGCUGCGAUGGAAACCGGGAACGUGCGCUGGAAGGUCGACGAGCGCUCUUCCAGACUGAGAGUGAUCAGUUACGACAUGUCCAUGCUAUACGCUCGUGGCAGCCGGGGGCAAAUCUCUCCCGAAGACUUUCGCGAAGGUCAUGAGCAAAUAACGCAGAGACUGUUCGACUGGAAGAGCAACUGGGAUCCGGCCUUGACAGACCCAGAGUACCGCGUUACCGAUUUCUCCUACCGACGGCCACUUGACGCCGAAGACAUCGUGGAUCCAUAUGAAGAGGGCAUCUUAUUCAAGCCGCCUCUCUUCACCACAACUCUCAUCACGGCUGAAUGGCACUCGAUCGUCAUCAUGCACCUGUCGCAAGCCAUUGAUACUCCCCAGUCGCAACUCUUCGAGGAGAUGGGGAAGCACGCCUAUGUCGCCUGCCAAUAUUUCGAGUCCGUGGAAUUCUGGCCCCUGAAGCCCAAAGGUGCCAUGAUCUCGCUACAGCCGUGCAUAUCCAUCGCGGCUCUCUUUCUGCCGCAUGAUAUGCGUCACCAAAUGUGGAUUCGCCGCAAGUUUGCCCUUCUCGACAUGCUCGGGUGUAUACAUCCCACGGCGCGUCGGAUGAAAAUGGCACACGUGUUCCGCGAUCCUUCGUGUGCGCGCUGGUGGCUCCCCGACGGCGCUGGAUUGACCCCCAUCCUCGAGAGCAUACGCGCAUUUGCAGACGAUCGAAACGCCGCGGCUGUGAAUGCGCAGCAGGAAAACAUUCGAGAAGUAAGGCAUCUCUUCGCCAAGUUGGAAGUGAGCCUCAUCGAGGCUGAUGCGCAAGUCAAAGGCGGCGAAUUUGCUGGCCGAUGA